AGGCGGAGACGGCACAGAUAAAAGCAGAUAAAGAGAGGUAAAUGCUCCUCAAUUUCAGGCAAUAAUGUUUAAUCUGCCUCACUCGGCCCGGCUCUUAAUUAGGGACAUGAAGUGGGUUCUCCUGUGGCCUCUCGUCGUCGUCGUUUCGACUGUUACAGUGAAAAGCGACCCCCUACAAGAGGAAUGGGGUUACGUGACAGUCCGCCCAAAAGCCCACAUGUUUUGGGCAUUAUACCAUGUGGACCAGCCAGGCGAUUACGCGACCUACCCCCUCAUCAUGUGGCUUCAGGGAGGACCAGGCUGUUCAGGAGUCGGAUUCGGGAACUUCAUUGAAAUGGGGCCUUAUGACAUCAACGGGAAUAAGAGGCCGUAUGCCUGGACGAAGAGUGCCAACCUACUGUUCGUCGACAACCCAGUUGGCACUGGGUACAGCUAUGUCGAAGACGACAGUGCCCUGACGACGGACAACUUACAAAUAGCCAAUGACCUCGUGACCUGCGUCAAGGAGAUCUUCAAGGCCAAUCCGGACUUGGAGAAGAUGCCCUUCUUCGUUUACGCCGAGUCUUACGGUGGCAAAAUGACAGUUGAUUUUGCUCUUGCAUUUGACCAGGCGAUCAGAAACGGCGAAGUGACGAGCGAUUUCCGUGGAGUGGCUCUCGGGGAUUCCUGGAUAAGCCCUAUGGACUCCAUCAAUAGUUGGGGUCCUUAUCUCUACACGAUGGGCUUCGUCAACCGAGCGGGACUGAACGAAGUCAACGAGGCUUCUGCGCAGGCGCAAGCCUACGUCGACGCGGGCAAAUGGACGGAGGCCACGGAUGCCUGGGCACACGCAGAGGACGUCAUUGACCGCGUGGCCCACGGGGUGAACCUCUACAACGUCCUUGCCGAAGAAGACAUCUACAUGCUGACGAGGAGGUCUGGCGACGAGGGUCUUGCUGACAUGACUGCCAGUAUGCGGUACCUGUACAAGCGUCACGUGUGGGACGACUUUGGCGUGGCAAACGACAACCUCUCCGACUUCAUGAACGGACCCCAGGCACAGCGCUGGAACAUACCCCCUGAGGUCGUAUGGCAACAGUCGAGUUCGAAAGUGUUUGACACUCUGGGAGUAGACUUCAUGAAACCUGUUAUCGAUUCUGUGGAAAAACUCCUGACCGAAACUCAGCUUCUAGUUGCAGUGUACACAGGCAAUCUGGACUUGAUCUGCAGCACACCAGGUACAUACCAGUGGAUAGAAAACAUGGAGUGGCCGGGGAAAGUAGAAUGGAUGGCAGCUGAAAACCAACCGCUACACGUCACUGCUUAUUCCAUGCAAGCAGCUACUGUUCAGCGCUCGGGGAAAUUUGCUCUCUUCACCCUCUUCCGGUCGGGUCAUAUGGUACCCAUGGAUGUUCCGGAGUUGGCUCUCCUCAUGGUAGAUAAGAUAACAGAAUACUCUAAUGAAUAGGAGGCGAGAACAGACUUCCCGGCUGAAUAAUUCCAAUAAAAGGCUUCCGAAAACAAGGUUUUCUCCCGGGAGCAGAUAACGACAACUGGUGGAAAUGGAAACAAAAAAUGAAAACGUGACCCUUAUCAAUAAUCUUUAAAAAAAGACGCCUUCAAGCAGUUAGUACUUGGUAACACCACGGCAUUCAUUUUGAAAAAUAAAAUUGUCAAUACUUAUCCUAAUAUCUGCGCUAAUGAAACAAAGCCUUAACCUACAAGCACUUGGAAAAUAAUAAAAGGUGAGAAAGAUGUAAA